AUGUCCUCAUCAUCCUCCGACGUACUACCCAAAGAUCGCAAAAAGUCUGCUCAUUGGAGUGAACAAGACACUGAGAUCCUCAUCAACGUCUUGCUCAAUCAUAGAGACUCGUCCAGGACAUCCGAUAACGGGUUCAAAACGGAAGUAUGGAGGGAAAUAUCCGACCUGUUGGAAGGAACAACGGUGACCGGGGGACCGAAAACGCCAGAGGCUUGCAAGAGUCGUUGGCAGAGGCUUCAACGCGACUACAAAGCUGCCAAAGAAAUGGAAGCAGUCCCAGGAUUCUCUUGGGAUCAUGCGACCAGCAAAUUGGUAGCGUCGCAGGCAGAUUGGGACGCUGUGGAGAAGCAAUGGGAAGCCGGCAAAUUUCAACGUCUGCACAUCCCCCUCUAUAACUCUAUCGCCCUGCUAUGUCCUGAUGAGAAGAUCCGAGGCACCAUAACUAGACCACGCAAAUCCAUUGGUUCCAUGAGCGACGCCAGCAGUAUGCUCUCACUCUCCGUAUCCUCUGCGGGACCACCCCACACGCCUCAACUCGGCAUGCCUCCAGGUCACGUUCUCGUCGGUGGAUCAGGCAUGCUCAACAUGCCAGACCCUGGCUACCACUGGGAUGGUACCGACGUAGAUGCAGAGGGAGAAUACGACCCCAACUUUAUGCACGAUAGCUCUUCAUUCGCCAUGCAAUCUGGCGGCCCCAAACGACCGCAUUACGACGCUGCCAUGCUCAACGGGCCUUCAACGACUACAACGCCCCUCGACAUUUCACGACCUCCAGGACCGAAACGCGCACGGUCAAACCCAAGUUUGACUCACGGACGCCCCACACCCAUGUCAUAUCACAUCGCAAUGCCUCCUGCUGGACACCUCGGAGGUAGUCCCAUGCCAUCGCCCACAGGAUAUGCUCAAGGCAUGCUGCUCGAUCCAGCUUUGAUUUCACCGACGACACCAGUACUCAUGCAGCAACAGCAACAGCAUCAACAGCAACAACAGCACCAAGCACCGCCACCACCACAACAGCAACAGCAACAGCAACCACCACCCACACUACCCCCGCAUCGACACAUGCACACACGAUCACAACUGCAAAUGUCAUCUACGCCUACCGAGUCAUUACCACUUAAACCUCUUUCAUCUCUCACGACCCACGUCCAAACCCCUCCACAGACCAUGAUCAACCGCAUACCCCAAACUGCCCCUCCUCCUCGGCACGUGCUGUCCCCGCCGUUCGAGGUCGAACCGCCUCGCACCGUAUCCACACCCGAGGCACAUCUCACCGAAGCUCAGCGUCGAACUCAGGCUAUCCUUCAGCUACAGGGCGAGAGCGAGCUGAAAGACGAAGACGUGAUGGAGGUCAUGGCCGAGUUUGAAAGCAACCCCAUAGCCAUGGACACGUACCUCGCAUUGAAGCGGGACAGCCUCCGACGUAUGUACCUCAGCAAUCUGAUCGCCAAACGAAUCGAAGCCAGUCGCGUCAAUGGACGCAGAUAG